ACACUGCGCAACGACGAUUUGGUUCUUCUCCUUUCUUGUUUUUCGCUCUGUAACCUCUCCACCUAUAUAAAUACGAACCCCUGAAAAACCUAGAAACAUAUAAACAAGUACAUACACAUAGAUACCACCAUAUACAUCAUCAUAAUCAAUCUUUGAUUUUCAUUUUGCGCGAUUCUCUAUAAUUUUCUCUAUCUCUGAUCAUGGAGGCCGCCAUGGACGACGAGCUACAGACCCAGGGCCAGGGCCAAGGCCAAGCCGCGCCACCAGCUCCGCCGCCUCCCCCGGCGCCGGAAUCGCAGGCAGGCGAGGAGCCGGAGGAAGACGACGAAGACGAGGAGCCGAAGAAUGAAGACGAUGAAAUGGUGGCCAAGGCUCAGAAGCUCAUGGAUAAGAUUAUUGCUUCGCCUGAUAACCCCAGCCCCACUGUUCUUCACGCCCUCGCUUCACUUCUGGAAACGCAGGAGAAACGAUACAUGGAGGAGAGUGGUCAUUCUUCCAGCAAUGGUCGUGCUUCUCAUAACAUUGGACGGCUAGGGAACUUGGUUCGGGAACAUGAUGACUUCUUUGAAUUAAUAUCUGCCAAGUAUUUGUCAGAUACGAGAUACUCUGCGUCCGUCCAGGCAGCUGCUGCAAGGCUGUUUCUGAGCUGUUCACUGACUUUGAUUUAUCCUCAUGUUUUUGAAGAAGACGUUUUGGAGAAAAUAAAGGACUGGGUGAUGGAUGAGACUUCCAGUAUCUCGGUCGAAUACCAGAACUGGAAGCAUGAUUUGGGAGGAAAGGAGGUCUCAGAUUUUGAAAUGCUGAAGACAUAUUCUACUGGACUUCUUGCUGUUUGUUUGACUGGGGAUGGUCAAGUAGUGGAAGAUGUGUUGACGUCCGGAUUGUCAGCCAAACUUAUGCGUUAUCUUCGUGUCCGUGUUUUGGGGGAGUCAAGUAUUAGUCAGAAGGAUUCUAGUCAUUUAACAGAGACUAAAAACACCUCUGGUGUAAGAGGUAGAGAUGAAGGUCGGGGUAGGGUUCGGCAGGUUCUGGAAACAACUCAUUUUGAUGAUCCAAGGGUAACAAGUGAGAGAUGCUUGGAGGACCAGACUGUUGAAGGGAACCAGGACAGAAGUAUCUGUAGGCAAGCGUUUGGAGGAGAACGUUGGGUUGAUGGUGGAGAACCACCUGAUGGAAUGGAUGAAGGGGUUGAGAUCAAUGAUGUUGAUGGCAGUGAUUCUCGUGAUUUACGUGAUGGGAAACAAAAAUUUGGUGAUUUUGAUGAAAAUGGGAGAGAUGACUCCUCAAGGCGCAGACCUAACCGUGGAUGGGCACGAUCUAGAGGGAAGGGAAGGGCAAACGAAGGUGGUGUAGAAAAUGAGCAGCUGUUGACCUCACCCGGAUCUGCUAUUCGGUUGGGACAGGGGCGAAGCUUUAGAGACAAGAGUACAUCAAAGAAUUCAGACGUGAAAAAAAUAUCAGAUUCUAGGAAGUGUUUGGGCAGGAAUGCUUCUGAUGUUUUGUUUCUGGAAAGAGAGGAUAAUGAUGAGUGCUUCCAGGAUUGCACAGUUGGAAGUAAGGAUAUCUCUGAUCUAGUAAAAAAAGCAGUUCGAGCUGCAGAAGCUGAAGCUAGAGCAGCCAAUGCACCUGUAGAAGCCAUCAAAGCUGCUGGUGAUGCUGCUGCGGAAGUUGUCAAAUGUGCAGCUUUAGAGGAAUUCACAACUACAAACAACGAAGAAGCUGCAGUUUUGGCUGCUUCAAGAGCAGCAUCUACUGUAAUUGAUGCCGCCAAUUCAAUUGAAGCUCUAAGUGCGAAUGCAGUAAAUACCUCUGGUAGUGCUGAACCAAUAACUUCAAGCUCCGAACCCCAAAACCAUGAAGAUGUUGAAGAAUACUUUAUUCCGAGUGUUGAAUCCCUUGCACAGUUGAGAGAAAAAUACUGUAUUCAAUGUCUUGAGUCUCUUGGAGAAUAUGUUGAAGUUCUUGGACCUGUAUUGCAUGAGAAGGGAGUAGACGUAUGUCUUGCCUUGUUGCAACGAAAUUCAAGACAUAAAGAACCGUCGAAGGUCGCAAUGCUUUUGCCUGAUGUAAUGAAACUCAUAUGUGCUCUGGCUGCUCACCGGAAAUUUGCUGCAUUGUUCGUGGAUAGGGGUGGCAUGCAGAAACUGCUUGCUGUCCCUAGAGUUGCUCAAACGUACUUUGGCCUUUCUUCUUGCUUAUUUACGAUUGGUUCGCUGCAGGGUAUAAUGGAGCGUGUAUGUGCUCUUCCCUCAGACCUGGUUUACCAGGUGGUUGAGUUGGCUCUCCAUCUUCUUGAGUGCUCACAGGAUCAAGCCAGGAAAAAUACAGCCUUAUUUUUUUAUGCUGCAUUUGUUUUCAAGGCAGUUCUUGAUGCUUUUGAUGCUCAGGAUGGCUUACAGAAAAUACUGGGCCUUUUAAAUGAUGCUGCAUCAGUAAGAUCUGGAGUAAAUUCUGGGACAUUAGGACUCUCGACAUCAGGCUCACUUCGAAAUGAUAGGUCACAGACAGAAGUUCUGACCUCAUCAGAGAAACAGAUCGCUUAUCACACCUGUGUUGCUUUGCGUCAGUACUUUAGAGCUCAUUUGAUUUUGCUUGUGGAUUCUCUUCGUCCAAAUAAAAACAGUCGAAGUGCGGCUCGAAAUCUUCCUAGUGUAAGGGCAGCUUACAAGCCACUUGACCUUAGCAACGAAGCUAUUGAUGCAGUAUUUCUGCAGUUACAGAAGGACCGGAAACUCGGUCCUGCAUUUGUAAGAACUCGUUGGCCUGCAGUUGAUAGGUUUUUGGGAUAUAAUGGACAUAUUACCAUGUUGGAGUUAUGCCAGGCCCCACCUGUUGAGCGCUAUCUACAUGAUUUACUUCAAUAUGCAUUGGGUGUUCUGCACAUUGUUACAUUGGUACCUAGCAGUCGCAAGAUGAUUGUGAAUUCAACAUUAAGCAACAAUCGUGUUGGUAUAGCAGUUAUAUUGGAUGCAGCAAGUGUUAAUGGUAGUUAUGUGGACCCCGAGAUCAUUCAGCCAGCUCUAAAUGUGUUAGUCAAUCUCGUUUGUCCUCCACCUUCAAUCAGCAACAAACCACCUUUACUUGCACAAAGUCAGCAGUCUGUUUCUGCCCCAACCUCAAAUGCCCUUGCUAUAGAGACUAGAGAGAAAAAUACUGAACGUAAUGUCUCAGAUCGAGCUGGGGAAUCAGCUGUUGUAGAUCGAGGCAGUGUAGCAGCACUGGGUACUGGUACACAGUCAAACAGUAGCAAUGCACUAUCCUCUACCCCCACAGCAACUUCUGGAUUGGUGGGGGAUCGCAGGAUAUCUUUAGGAGUUGGGGCAGGUUGUGCUGGGCUUGCGGCACAACUGGAGCAAGGCUAUCGGCAAGCAAGAGAGGCUGUUCGCUCCACCAACGGUAUAAAGGUUCUGCUGCAUCUUCUCCAACCACGCAUAUAUUCACCUCCUGCCGCACUCGAUUGUCUACGUGCGCUUGCCUGCCGAGUCCUUCUUGGUUUAGCGAGAGAUGAUACAAUUGCACACAUAUUGACAAAGCUCCAGGUUGGAAAGAAACUAUCAGAACUAAUUCGAGAUCAAACACAAGGAGCUGAGCAAGGCAGGUGGCAAUCUGAACUUUCACAGGCAGCAAUCGAGUUAAUGGCGAUUGUGACGAAUUCUGGACGUGCUAGCACAUUGGCUGCCACUGAUGCCGCUAUGCCAACUUUGAGGCGCAUAGAACGGGCAGCUAUAGCUGCUGCCACUCCUAUCACUUACCAUUCCAGGGAGCUUUUGCUUCUAAUACAUGAACACCUACAGGCAUCUGGUUUGGCCACAACAGCUGCUUCACUGCUAAGAGAGGCCCAGUUGAUGCCUUUGCCAUCCUUGGCUGCCCCCUCAUCUCUUGUUCAUCAAGCUACACAAGAAGCCUCAUCUCUGCAGCUUCAGUGGCCCUCUGGUCGCACCCCUAUUGGAUUUCUUACCAACAAAUCAAAGAUAGCAAGGGAGGAGGAUUCAAGCUUGAAAUGUGAUUCUUCUGUCUCAUACUCAAAGAAAAAACCUUUGAUUUUCUCUCCAAGUUUUUGUCUUCAGUCAAGGAAUCCGUUCCAGUCCCAUGACUCUCACCCAACAUUGGCCACAAAUGUCUUAAGUGCAUCGAAAGAGUUAUCUGCACCUGCAAAUGCAUCAGAAGCUCCGUCAGAUAUCCUGCCGAAACCUAGUAUUGAUACAGAGUACCAGUGUAAGACACCCAUCCUGUUGCCGAUGAAAAGAAAGUUAUCCGAGUUAAAGGAUCCUGGAUGUUUGCCAUCAUCUGGGAAACGCAUCCACACCGGGGACCAGGGAUAUCGGUCUCCAAUUUUUCCCACACCCAAUAUUGUGCGGAAAAGCGGUCUACUAACUGAUCUGGCUGGGUUCUCUAGUCCUACUUCCAACAUGAGAGAUCAACAUUGUCGAUCCACACCUGCUUGUUUUUCAUCAGAGUACCUGGAUGAUAACCAGUAUGGUAAUUCUAGUGUAGGUCUGGCAACACCAUCCUCCCAACUUGGGCUUCAAAACGACCCUCAACCAAGCAACCCAGAAAGAUUGACUCUGGACUCUUUGGUUGUUCAGUAUCUGAAGCACCAGCAUCGCCAGUGUCCUGCCCCUAUAACCACUCUUCCACCACUGUCCCUUUUACAGCCACAUGUUUGUCCCGAACCAAGACGAACCCUUGAUGCCCCUUCAAAUGUAACUGCCCGGCUUGGCACCCGUGAGUUCAGAAGUAUGUAUGGUGGGGUGCAUGGAAACCGCAGGGAUCGUCAGUUUGUUUACAGUAGAUUCCGGCCAUGGCGGACUUGUAGGGAUGGUACUGGUACCCCUUUGACAUGCAUCUCUUUUCUCAGUGACACUGCUCAUAUUGCAGUAGGCAGUCAUGGUGGAGAGCUCAAAAUUUUUGAUUCCAAUAGCAGCAAUGUAUUGGAGAGUUGUCCAAGCCACCAGUCUCCUGUAACGCUUGUUCAGACAUAUCAUUCAGGUGAAACCGAAUUGGUGCUGUCUUCUAGUUCAGAAGAUGUGAGGUUGUGGGAUGCAUCUACAGUCUCAUCUGGGCCAAUGCAUUCAUAUGAAGGGUGCAAGGCUGCAAGAUUUAGCAAUUCUGGGGAUGUUUUUGCAGCCCUAUCAUCAGAGCUGGCGCAAAAAGAAAUUCUAAUAUAUGACAUCCAAACUAACCGGUUGGAAUCAAAACUGUCAGAUACAGCUUCUAGCACGGGACGUGGACAUUCAUAUUCUCAUAUACACUUCAACCCUUCAGACACAAUGCUGCUCUGGAAUGGUGUCCUAUGGGACAGGCGGGUUUCCAGCCCUGUUCAUCGUUUUGAUCAGUUUACGGAUUAUGGGGGUGGUGGCUUCCAUCCUGCUGGGAACGAGGUGAUUAUAAACUCUGAGGUCUGGGAUCUCCGGAACUUUAGACUCCUCCGAAGUGUACCUUCUUUAGACCAAACUACAAUAACUUUUAAUGCCCGUGGUGAUGUAAUUUAUGCAAUCCUCCGGAGAAAUCUUGAUGAUGUAAUGUCGGCAGUGAAUACCCGUCGCGUAAAGCAUCCUCUCUUUGCUGCUUUCCGCACGGUGGAUGCGGUUAACUACUCGGACAUUGCCACGAUUCCGGUUGAUCGUUGUGUCCUCGACUUUGCAACAGAGCCAACUGAUUCAUUUCUUGGGCUGAUCACAAUGGAUGACCAAGAUGAGAUGUUUGCUUCUGCUAGGGUUUAUGAAAUUGGUCGCCGAAAGCCGACAGAUGAUGAUUCUGAUCCUGAUGAUGCCGAGAGUGAAGAGGACGAUGAUGAUGAAGAAGACGACGACGAUGCGGAUAUGGACACUUUACUAGGCCCUGAUCUUGACGGGGAUGAUGAUAGUGAUAUGAGUAAUGAUGAUGAUGAUGAUGAUAGUGGGAGCGACCUUGAUGAGGAUGAUGAGGGAGAUUAUAUGAUGGAUGGGGACUUUGAUGGAGGAGGUGGAAUGCUUGAGAUUUUGACAGACGGUGAGGAAGAUGACGAUGACAGUGAUGGACUGGUUGAAUCCUUUAGCAGUGGUGAUGAGGAAGAUUUUGCAGGCCAUGGUUUCGGUUAUUAACUGUAACAUACGUAUCAUCUGAGUGAUUAGAUCGGUGCUAGUAGUUGAGAGCAGAUGAUGUAAUUAUGAUCUUUUUGAGUUUUCCCUCGAUUUGUUCACUAAUGAGAAAAGGCGUAGCUUCAUUCAUCAUUUAUACAUCAAUCUCACACCUUUCUUUUA